UGCUCCAAUUAAUUCUAUCACAGACGAAUCACUUGAAAUUAUUCGUUGCCUGUUGGUGUCUUGUAAUCAUUUAGAAGGAUUCGCAUUGCGUGCACAGAGAUCAGUCCAGGAAUUAAUAGAGUAUGAUAAGCAUUUACUUGAUGGGGAUAUACUCUUUAAUCUAUUUAUCGAUCAUGCUCCAAAUUCUUUAUGUAAUCUUAAGUUUGAUUACUCUGAAGAUGAUUGUGAAACAGCAUUUAAAUUUAGUUACGCUGCAAUUAAAUUAUUUUUAAUUAAUUGGGAGAAACAAAGAAGGAAGAAACUUGGACUUUCUAUAGUGAUCGAAAAUUUAGGAAUGCUUACUCACGAAUUACAUGCGAUAGAAGAUAUACUUUAUGAAUAUCGUGUAAAAAAUGUUCUUGAAACAUGUAAAUUGAGUUCAAAAUCUCCACUGAUUUUCUCUAUUCGUGCAGAAGAUUGGCAAAGAAGUAUUCAUGAUGAUUGA